UGUGUGUAUGUGUGUGUUUAGGUGAGUAAGCGCUGUGGUGGGGGAGAGGUGCGUCUGGCCUCGUCUCAGGAGUGUGUGAAGCCCUCUGAGUACUCCUGUGAUGUCACGUGUGGACCUCACAGCGGGAGACUGGAUGUGGAGCUGGGGAUCUGCCACUGUGAGAGGUAUGUGUCAUCAGAGGAGCUGUGUGAUGCGCUCUGCACCUCCCAGCUGCCCCUCAUCUCUGCCAGACGCUCCGCAGACGGACAGCUGCUGCUGGGGGUCAAAGCCCAGGAGGACAGCCACAGCUGGAAUAGAAAACUGGGCAAUGUGGUGGGCCCUGACACUCACGUCCAGGACAUCGGGAAGAUUCACUUUGUGCAGUUUGACUCUGAUGGAGUGUUUGGCUGGAUUCUUAAAGAUCCCAAGCUGAUAGACAGAAUGCUUAAAGAGCCUGUAGAAACUCUUGGCACUAUUCCCAGAAGGAAGCGAUCAUAUGAUGAUGAUGAUGAUGAUGAUGAUUAUGAAGAUGAUGAUGUCAUAAAGACGUCACUGCUGGAUACUCCCCCUCGCAUCCCCAACCCUAUUGCAUGCCUGUCAUCCAAAGACAUGCUCAUAUUCCAGCUCAACAUCAACCACACAGAUCGCCUCCACAGCCACUUCCCAGUGUACCAGAAGGACCAUCUCUUCAACAGCAACCCUAGCUGGGACUAUGGAGCCUUCAGGCGGCUGGAAUACCUGAUGAGACACACACACUUUAACUCCUCCAGGUUUGCCCACGUGUUCCCUGAGUCGGGCACGUUCGUGUUUGCAGACAGCGCUGUGCCCGAGAGGAGCCUGGUGGUGGUGGUGAGCGAGGACGGCUCCUCCUGCGACCCCAACGCGCCCCCCUUCCAGCCCAGCUCCCCCGCCCAGCUGGUCCGACACGGAGUCGCCCCGCGGCCCCGCCUCAACCUGCUGCCCGACUGGGGGGCCAUCGCAGGUAUCCUGGUGACCCUGCUGGUCCUGGUGGCGGUCGUGACAGGCACAGCUCUGCUGCUGAAGCCCCACAGGAGUCACCUGGUCUCCCAGGGCAACCCCAAACCUCGCUGGCGCAGUCUGGGACACCCCCCCACUCCCCUGGAGUACGUCUACAACGGGGAGAGCCUGGACGCUCCCUCUGCGCUGGGCCUGAGAGGGGUGGGAGAAGGAGCAGAGGCUGAGGAGAAAGCCAUCUGGAGAGGAGGCUGUAAGAGUGUGAGUAUGGAUCUGGAGGAGUUUAAUGUGAAGACGCUGUACGAUAAGCUGGAGGACCAGAACCUGCACGUGGCGUCCCAGCUGGCCAAGUACCGCAAAGACACACAGGAGUUUUACCGCAACAUCUGCCAGCAGACAGACAGCCUGAAGGACACUCUUGAGAACAUGGGGCCUGAGAAGCUCAAUCAGCUGAAAGAGAUCAUGCAGCUGAACAGCAAGCAAAGCCACGCACUCUACGGUGGACUGAGCCAGUACGAGGGGGGAGUUAGCAAAGACUCUCUGCAAGUGAUGGAAGCCCUGCUACAGGCAGUGGAGGCCCUGCUCUACAGGCUGUGUGGAGAGAGCUGGCAGCAGAUGGAGACGGCCCCUUGCCUCAGAGACACACGCCAGGGCGAACUCCAGACGGGAUACACACCAUUUUCCUCCACUGCCAUGACGGAGCUGAAAACAGGCCGAGAGACGGAGCAGGCUGGCUCAGAGUCAGCAGUGCCCACCCAGUGCAGUGGUGUGUGUGUGAGUGAUCAGGAGCUGUCCCGGCUGGUGGCUCUCACUCCUCUCUCACGGACCAUCCAGGAGAUCCAGGAGUCUCUGCGGAGCCUGCCCCGCCCACAGGAAGCAGUGACCGAGGAGGAGCCGCCCUCCUGCCCCGCCACGCCCCUCACGCCCCUGACGCCCCUCGCCCUGGACUCCCUCUCCCCCUGGCACUUCUCCGUCUUCCUGUUCGGCUGCCACCUCGUCCGCCUGCUCCGGGGCAUCCAGGGCUUCCCCCAGGUCCUGCUGCUCCUGGCUAAGAGCGUGCCCGCGGCAGCCGCCUCUCACACCGACGACAGCAUGGUGGCCUACUGCUGCGGGGACUUUUAUUAUGACACACGCAACCAGAUCCUCUACCUGCUGGAGUCCAGGCUGCAGGACGUGGGCCAGUGGGUCUCCGUGCUCCUGCACUCCAUGGCCUACGUCAGCGCCGGCCAGGAGGGAGCUCGGCCCAGAGAGUUCAUGGAGGCCUUCCACAAGGCCCUGUCAGUGCUGGGGCUAGAGCUGUUCACACACUCUUUCACUCAGGACCAGAGGAGUACAGAGGACGAGGGCACCAGGAGUUUUCGAGGGACAGUCGUCGAGGACUUCUUGAGUGUGAGAGUGUCCUCUGACACACAUCUCACACCACACCUGCUGCAGGAGAGGCUUCAGAAAUACAAGUACUUCAAGCUGGAGCAGGUUCUCCAUGACCUCAGUCCAGCGAGGCAGCCUGAAGGAGCAGUGAAGGGCCACGAGGCUCCUCCCACACAGGUAUUGUGUGUGGAGCAGGAGAUAAAGAGGCUUAAUGACGUGUACCUGCAGCUGGGCUCACAGCUUCUGAGCCAAUCACCUGGGGCACACACACACUGUCACACACAGUCUCUCUCCCAGGCACCUCCAGAGACGGCUGUGGCCCAGGAGAGGACCCUGCUUCUGAGUCUGCAGCAGCACACCGUAGCCAAGAGGCUGGAGGAGAUGAGAGAGAAGCUCUCCAGGAUCACACCCCAGAAAACACACACCCCGCAGAAAUCACUUCCUGCUCAACACACACCAACACACAGCACCCUCUUGACAGAGAGCCAGGCCCAGGCCCAGACACACACACACCAGCCAGAGGAGCUGAAAUCAGAGAGCAGCGUCUCCCAGCAGGACACAGCAAAGCCCAGCGUCUAACACACACACACACACAGCAAAGCCCAGCGUCUAACACACACAGCAAAGCCCAACAUCUAACACACACAGCG